AUGCAAGCGCCUUCAAGAUGCAGCGGCUGGCUGGCUUGGGAAGGGCAUUGAUCUCUUCUCAGAAAAGAGGUGCUGCAGGAGGGCAGUUAUCUGGCUGGCCUCUGGCUCGUUUUCUUCAUGCUGGCCUUCCAGUGCAAGCAGCAAAGGAACAUUUGGUGAAGCUUAGGAAGAAAACUGGCUACUCAUUUGUGAACUGUAAGAAAGCCUUGGAGAAAUUUUCUGACCUCAAAGAGGCUGAAGCCUGGCUGCAUGAACAAGCCCAAAAGGAGGGAUGGAGCAAAGCUUCCAAACUGCAAGGGCGAAAGACGACAGAAGGGCUUAUAGGGCUGUUGCAGGAGAGGAACUCAGCAGUGAUGGUAGAGGUGAACUGUGAGACUGACUUUGUGGCCCGAAAUGCCAAGUUUCAACAUCUGGUUCAGCAAGCAGCGAUUGGAGCCAUGCUGCAUCAUCAGGGGACUAGAGACCAGCUAAGCACCUAUGCCAAGUGUUUCUUAAAUUCUAACGAGCUCUCCCAGCUCAGGAUUGAACCUGAUGGAUCUUUGCUUAGCGACCAGCUGGCUCUGGCUAUUGGCAAGCUGGGUGAGAACAUGGUUAUUAAGAGAGCAGCAUGGGUAUCUGUGCCAGAGAACCUCUUCAUUGGCUCGUAUGUACAUGGAGCAUUCCCAGAAGGAAAUCCAUCGCUUUCUAAUAUGAUGUUUGGCAAAUAUGGAGCCUUGGUCAUCUGCAGUCCCUCGGAGGAAUGCCAAAAGUCAAACUUUACAGAACUAGGCUGGCGACUGGGCCAGCAUGUGGUGGGGAUGGCCCCCAUCUCCGUGGGAUCUCCGGAAGAUGAACCUGGUGGAGAUUCUGAAACCAAGAUGCUUGCCCAGCCAUUCCUCCUGGACCCCACAAUUUCUUUGGGACAGUAUGUUCAGCCUACAGGUGUCUCUGUGCUGGACUUCGUGCGUUUCGAAUGUGGAGAGGAUACUGGGUUGUCAGAAUCAGAGUAAAUCAUAUUUUUGUGUCAAAGAAGCUCCCAGUUCUGCUUAGGUCCUGAUGUGGUUGACAGAUGUGACUGCUGACGAACAAAACUCAUGUUGGCUGCCUCCGGAGGCCAACUGCUGGCAUGAAAUCUCUUUCCAAAGCUCCGAAAUGAUUUUGUAAGAUGCGACCGCUGAAGUGUGGCAAACAGAUGUUGAUGUAACAAAUAAAAGAAUCUCAUCUCA